AUGGCCGACUUUAUUGGUAUGACCAUUAGUGUCACUUUGCAGCAGCCUCCCGGCGCUGUUCUGGUUGGCCGCGUCGCCCAUGUCAUCGCUGGCCAGACACUGGCCCUGGAGAACGUCUUCUUCCCGCAAUCUGGCAAUUCGCUGCCCUCGUACAACGUGCCCGCUCACCUGAUCCAGGACCUGCAAGUCGUCGAGACCAACUUCGAGGCUCACUCCAAGCCUCACACUCCUGCUGCCAACAUCUCUGCCUCGCGUGGUGCCGCUCAAUUCCCGCCUCCUCUCCCUGUCCCUACUCACGAAGCGCGCGUCGAGAGCCCUCUGGCCAAGAAGACUCCUUCCUUUGUCGACCCAGCUAUCCUCAGCUUCUCCAAAUCUCCUGCGCCUGCUGCUCGCAGCCAGCCUCCUCCACCAUCUUUGCCACAGCAACCUUCGGCUCCUGUCACCCCCAGCAAGAAAGCUCUGUCGGCUGCCGCUGCAGCUCUUCCACCCACGAACACCUCUCCAUUCGUCGCCCAUGCCGCUGAGCCAUCCACCACACAAGAGCAGGAUUAUGCCGAAGACAAUGCCACUCAAUCGGCCAAGAAGACAAGACGCGGAAGAAGAGGCCCAAGAACAAUCCAGGUCCCUCUGGCUGCAGCCACCGAGGCGCAAACCGUCAAGGAAACCCUGUCUCCCAAUGUCUCGCGCAAUGGAAACGACAUGACCAUCGCUCCAAGUACCAACAAGAAGGGCUGGCGAUCGACUCCUCUGCUCAAGGAACCCACAUCAGCUGCAUCUGCAUCUUCAAAGACCAAGAAGAAGGCCAAGCGCCCACUCAAUGGACUCNNCAGAGAUCAGAACGGCUGGGCUACCGAAGAAGCAACAGAUAUCCACGACAUGGGUGACUUUGAUUUCGAAGCCAACCUCUCCAAGUUCGACAAGAGAACUGUCUUUGAUCAGAUCCGUAACGAGGACACGACCGCAGACGAGGAUAGACUGGUUUCGCACAACAGACUCGCACGACCUGGCACAUACGGAGGCAAGAACCUGCACCCGACAGAAAAUGUCCUCUCUCCAACCCUGAAGCCUAAGCAUCACGGAAGCGAACUCGAGUCUUCGUCAGAUGCCGAUACAGAGCUCAACUUUGGCAGUGGCCCCAACUCAAGACGUGCUCCAUCUCGUACAUCAAACAAGCGCCCUUCGCGCAUGAGCAACAGUGGCCUUCCGGAAGACAUUCUUCAUCCUCUGGCUGCUUCAUUGGCCUCGACUGCCCUCAACCGCUCCAUGAGUUCUCUACGAGGCUCCUCUGUUGUUGCCUCCUCGCCUAACCCUAACCGUGCUCGCUCUCCUCCAUCUGUCCAGUCUCCUAUGCAUUCUUUAAAUCAGCUCAGCCUCGCUCAACAAGCUGCUGCUGCCCCUCGACCCCACUUCAAGACGCCAAAGUCAAAAUACCCCUGCUCACUCUACCACCCCGACCGUCUACGACAAGCCGAAGCUGAUGCAAUCUCCAAUAUUGGCAUCAGCGCCGACGCUAUCACCGAAAACGCUGCCCGCGGUAUCGCAGAAAGCGUUCUUACCAGCACCCUCAAGCCUGGUGCAUCACGUCGCAACUCAAAGAUCGCCGGCAAUCUACCCAACUCAAACUCGAAACCAGUGGUGGUUAUUCUCGCUGGCAAUCACGUAACCGGUGCUCGUGCGAUAGCCAGCGCACGUCAUCUCUACAGCCGUGGUUUCAAAGUGCUCAUUUCCGUCCUCGAUUUCUCGAACCCCAGCGUCUGGCACCCACAACUCGCCAAGCACAUUCACUCGCUACAGGCUCUAGGACGCAAGGCCGCACGUAUAGAAGGCUGGCGCAGUACAUCAGGCCAGAUCAANAAACUCGAAGGACCUCCUGUCAUUAUUGUCGACGCUCUCCUAGACGGCCAACGCCACGCGGAUAUCCGUGACGACGAUCUCCGCACUGAGGCUCGUGACAUGAUCGACUGGGCAAACCGAUCUCGUGCAGGCGUUGUCAGCAUCAACAUUCCUUCCGGCUUUGACAACGUAGACGGAAGCUCGAGUAUUGUCGAUGGUGAACCCCUGGCUAUCCGCCCUGAAGCUGUACUCGCACUCGGCGUGCCAGUACUGGGUCUGCUCGAGGCGAUCCGAGAGGGCGAAGGUAGUGCCUGGGUGGUCACGGCUAUAGACACUGGUGUCAACGUCGUUCUCAGCGAUCGCGAAAAGGUUCAAUUUGGUCUGGACUGGAGCGUCAAUCUUCGCUUUGUGUCUGGUGAAGCACAAGCAUAG